UACUAGUUCCAUUUAUUAACCAUUUCUCCCUCCCCACUCUAUAUAUAUCAAAUUUCAAGAUCCAUCCCAAAUUCCAAACCUCCUCUCAUAGUCUCAUGCACUAAUCUCUCUCCCUUUUUUUUCCUCUCUCUCACACACACACGCACUGAAAAUGGCAAACGAGCUCGAGAAGAACUCUAUGUACAUAGAAAAUGGCGAAGCAAACAAGAAUUUCGACGACGACGGCCGUCAACGAAGAACAGGAACGGUGGUGACGGCAAGCGCACACAUAAUAACGGCGGUGAUAGGGUCGGGGGUGCUGUCGUUAGCGUGGGCGAUAGCGCAGCUGGGAUGGGUGGCCGGGCCGGCCGUGCUGAUGGCGUUCUCAUUCAUCACCUACUUGACCUCCACCUUCCUCGCCGACUCGUACCGCCACGACGGCCGCCGCAACUACACCUACAUGGACGUCGUCCGUUCUCACUUAGGUGGUUACAAAGUUCAGCUAUGUGGACUGGCUCAGUAUGGGAAUCUUGUUGGGGUCACCAUUGGAUACACAAUUACUGUUUCCAUUAGUAUGGUGGCUGUGAAAAGGUCAAAUUGUUUUCAUAAGGAAGGACAUAAUGCAGAAUGCUCAAUAUCAAACUACCCAUUCAUGGCUAUAUUUGCUGGAAUUCAGCUGAUUUUGAGCCAAAUACCCAAUUUCCAUGAGCUUUCCUGGCUAUCUAUAGUUGCCGCCGUCAUGUCCUUCGCUUACUCCUCCAUCGGCCUCGCCCUCUCCAUUGCCAAGCUUGCAGGUGGUGGAGGGCAUGUGGAGACUAGCCUAACAGGGACGAGAGUAGGAGUGGACACAAGCGGCUCAGAAAAGGUGUGGAAUAGCUUUCAAGCCAUUGGAGACAUUGCUUUUGCCUAUGCUUAUUCAACUGUCCUAAUUGAAAUCCAGGACACGCUGAAAUCUCCACCACCGGAAAAUGUGGUGAUGAAGAAGGCUUCUUUAAUAGGUGUGGCAACCACCACCCUAUUCUACGUCCUCUGCGGCUGCCUCGGCUAUGCCGCCUUCGGAAACAACGCUCCCGGCAACUUCCUUACUGUGUUUGGCUUCUACGAGCCCUUCUGACUUAUCGACUUCGCCAACAUGUGCAUCGCUGUCCAUCUCAUCGGAGCUUAUCAGGUAGCACGAAAAAAACAGGAACCCUAAGAAACUAUAAACUAUCUCGUAUUUUAUCUCAUCAAUUUUUCACCAUAUCAUUCGCGAAACAGGUGUUCGCGCAGCCUUUAUUCGGCUUCGUGGAGAGUCGCUGCAGGCAGAAGUGGCCGGAAAGCAAGAUGCUCACCAAAGAUUACGCGGCCCGUGUUCCUCUGUGCGGAGUUUACGACUUCAAUGUGUUCAGAUUGGUGUGGAGAUCAGUGUAUGUGAUAGUAACAGCAGUGAUUGCAAUGAUCUUCCCCUUCUUCAACCACUUCCUCGGCCUCAUCGGAGCAGCCUCGUUCUACCCUCUGACCGUGUACUUCCCCAUAGAGAUGCACAUUGCGCAGGCCAAAGUGCCCAAGUACUCCAGCAGAUGGGUGUGGCUGAAGAUCCUCAGCUGGGCUUGCCUGAUUGUGUCACUCAUCGCGGCGGCUGGAUCCGUGCGAGGGCUCGCCGACGACGUGAAGACGUACAAGCCUUUCCAGAGUCGAGCUCAUGAAUAGAGCACAUGUAGAGCUAGAUCCUGUUCAAUCUAUGAGUUCAAGAUCCAAACAUUAUUUACCUGCAUUUCAGCAUUUAGUGAUUCUGUAGAGAUCAAUUAUCACCAUAUGAGAACUGUAUGCCCAUUUGAAUGAGAUAAGCUUAGUUUUAAACCAA